CUCAAAUCACGCCAUUUUAAGCCAUUACAAAAAUUUAACCUAAUAUUAAAGAGGUGUUUUAUUAAGAGUUUUAUCCAAUUAAAGUACUGUGAAAUAAGUUAUUCGUUAAUCAACAUGGUAACAGAACUGAAAACCGAAACUGCUUUCGAGGAGGCUAUACAGGCUGCAGUAAUAUCAGCAGUACAUUUCCAAGCCAACUGGGCAGAGCAAUGUGUUCAAGUAAAUCAACUAUUGGAGGCUCUGUCCGCUCAAACUAACUACUCUAGCAUGAAAUUCUACUCGUGUCCUGCCGAAGACUUACCAAAGGUAUCCGCCAAAUACAACAUUGAAGCUGUCCCUACGAUCCUCCUAUUUCGUUCCGGCAAACGCUUGGAUGUUAUACACGGCGCGGAUAACGAAAAAAUCGUAGAAAUAUUAGGAAAAUACAACAAGUCAUCGGGCGAUGAGCAAACUCUACCGCUAGAAGAGAGGUUGAAGACUUUAAUAAACAAAGCGAACGUUAUGCUAUUCAUGAAAGGCGACCGUAAAGUCCCUCGAUGUGGUUUUAGCAAACAAAUGAUAUCGAUAUUGGAUAAUGUAGGAGUACCAUACGAAACCUUCGAUAUACUGAGCGAUGAAGAAGUGCGACAGGGUUUGAAAAAGUUCUCCAACUGGCCUACGUAUCCGCAGUUAUACGUGAAGGGCGAGUUAAUCGGCGGGCUGGAUAUCGUAAAAGAAAUGAUAGAGGCCGGCGAAUUUGAAUCGACCCUUAACAGUUAGGUUAGUUCGCUUGUACUAGUAUAUUAGCGUUUGGGGAAAAUGAAAUUGUAACUUAUUUCUGUUCAUAUUUUUUUUAAUAAAACAAUACAAAUUUAUUUUGUACAACUUAAUCUAUUAUAAACGGAACGAUGAGUACGCAAUUCCUGGCAUCGGGUACUGUACUCCAUCUUCCGCAUUUGUGCUCCUUUCCUACGCCUAUAAGAAGCUUCUUACCAUCUGAUGUAAAUUGUAGGCAAUUUACGAAUCCUUCUACUGGAAUCCUCAUAACUUCGCUGUAGGAUUUGAAAUAAUUUUCUAAUUUCCAAACAUUCACGAAUCCAUUAUUGGAACCCGAUGCUAGUAAAUCGGUAUUAUGCAGAGCUCCGAGGGACGUUAUCCACAAAGGUUGCGCGUUUGUUUCUCUUCCAUGAGCAUCGUUGAUUACACAAAGUGGUUUUUUCCUCAUCAUACUCCACACGCAAAUUUGCCCGUCGUCUCCGGCAGAUGCGAAUAUCUCCUCGUUGAUUAAUUUUACAUUAUCUAUAUUUCCCGAGUGUCCGUUGUAGAUUAAUUGCGUUUCUUCUGUUAUUUUCCACAUUCUUAAAUCGCGGCUCCCGCACGACACCAUCCUGUCUUUGUAGAGAGCGUCUAUCGAAGCUACGACAUCUUGGUGGCCGAAUAACGUCUCAACGUAGGCCAUCUCAUCCAGACUCCAAACUUUCGCUGUCCUGUCUUUCGAGCAGGAAUAUAGCGUGUGAGUAUCCUUUCUGAAGCAUAAGCCCGUUAUGGAAUUUUUGUGUCCGGUGAAUUUUUUUAUAAAUUUAAACGUGCUCGGAUCCCAGAUGUAUAUAUCGUUCGAUCUCGUUCCUACUGCCAAAUAUUUAUUAUCCGUGGAUAUAGCUAUACUUAAAAUUUCACUGUUGUGUCCUGUAACUUCACCGUUUGAGUUUCUAACGAACGGAAUUACACCGAUUCUUCUAUUAUCUAGCAGGGAAUAUUUAACUACUACUCCGUCUUUACUUCCCACAAAGACGUGUUUAUCAUCGGAUGAAACACAAAGGCAGGUAAUACUUUUAUGUUGUUCCCUGCAUUUUAAAGUCUUCACGUUUUCCUCAUCUACAGCUUUGUAUUUAUCGGCCACUAACAAACGUAAUUUACCCGUUUCUUUAAGGUAGUCUUCGUUUAGCCUUUUAGCAAUAACACUUUCAUCUACUUCUUUAUUAUCCCUUCUGGCUUUCUCCUCUUUCUCGAUCUCUUCUAAAUAUAUCUUGGCCAAACGAAGUUUCUUCUCCUGGGCCGUCUCGUUCUCAUCUUCCGAUUGGGACACCUCCGACGCCUUCUCCGCGAAUUCCUCGUCUUCGCUGCUGGUUAUCUCUUCGUCUUUAGUGCUUUUUUGGGGUUUACUGUCUACUUUGCGCUUUUUAGUUUUUGUCGUCGCAUAUUUCGCGCGUUUGAGACCGUUGGAUUGCUUUCCUUUGAUGAAAAACGACAUUUUAGCAUGUAGAAAUAUGCUUUUCUACAGCGUGAUAAAAUUUAGGUUAUGUUACGUUAACUGUCAUUUGAAAUUUC